GUCCCCAAAGUGGUUUCUUUUAUUAUAUAGUAUAGAUUGAUGGUAUUUUUUGUAUUAUUAAUCUUAUUAAUUAAUAGACUUAUAAUGAUGUUCUAAAUGCUCAUAAAAUCAAAGUUUAUGUCUCGGCUCACUUUCAACCACCCAUUAUUAUGGGUUAACUGGUCCCUCCCUAUACAGCCCGUGUUGGAACUUGGAAAAGUGUUAUAAUCAUGAAAAGUGUGUAUUAACAAGAGCAAGUGUUCAGAAAUAACAAUCUCACUAAAUAAGUAACGAAAAGUGUUAUUAUCUUAAGGUUAUGUAGGCAGAUGGACAAACUAAACCAUCCAAUAGGUAGCUGAACCAUUUUGGAUGCCGCUUGUUACUGGAAUGGUGGUGGCUUGUAUGGCACCCCACGUUAACGAUCCGCCAUGGUGUUUGGCACCCCAACCAGUAGGGAUGGCAAAAAAGCCCGAGCUCGACGGGUAUACCCGAAACAUAUGGGUCGGGUCUACUCAAAGCCCGCCGGGUAUAGGGAUAAAAAUAUAAAAAAGUCAGGUACGAGUAUGGGAUUUAGUGAUACCCGGCCUGUUUACCCGAAUUUAUACCCGAAAAGUAUAUUAAUUUAAAUUUGAUUUUCUAUUUAUAUAAAAUUUAGUAAAUACACUUACUCAUUAUUCACAGAUUUUGCUCUUUUGUUUGUCUUCAAGACUUUAACACACACGUACAAGAUUUUAUGUUUAGUUAUGUUGUUUCUAUGCAGAUUAAAGAUGUGUGUUAGAGCAUUCACAUCCCUUCCUUAAAAUUAUGUGAGAGAGGUUUUUAUUUUAUGAAAAGUGGUUGUAGGUGUUGUGGGUAGAGCAAGGAGAAAAUGUUACUGUUCAUCUAUAAAUUUGAGAAGGUCGAUUGGCCCUUAAGGAGGGUCGAUUCUUAUAGACUAAUACCAUUGCAAGGUAUGAGACUUGUCCCACAUCAAUUGUAUGGGCAACUGAUGUGAGGUUUAUAUACCAAAUGAGCUCUCUCGCCUACUAAACUAGUCUUUUGGGUUGAGUUAUUUGUAAAAGGAAGCUUAAAUAAAAGAGACCUAACAAACGAUGAAGGGAAAGGGAGGAAUUUUGUGAAAAUUUUAUAACACGAGAGAAUUUCAAGAAUUUUGUGGAGACUUUGCAUGAUCGAGUCUAUCUACCAUAGAGAGUUUUAACGAGAACAAAGAUGGUGGGGUGCAAUCAGAAUUUUGCCUAUAAAAUACACUAUUUUUUUUUCCAGUGAGUUCGCCCGCCAACCACUCAUACACAUAGUCCGGCCCUGUGUUUGAGGGUGGUCAGAGAAACAAGGGAGAGGUGUAUGUUAGUCCAACUCUUUUAUUAUUACUAAAAGAGUGAUUGAUGUUAUCAUUUUAAAAUAAUUAUUAGAUUCUUUUUACAAAAUGUAUUGAUACUUUGAUAAAAUCCAAUUUUUUUUUAAAAAAACUAAAACUACCAUACAAAAUAUAAAAUAAGACAAAAAAAAAAGUGUCACUUGUAACAAAACCACUACUUUUGUAAUUAUUAUGCACCCUAUUGUAUCAUUUAGUAUGCAAGUUAGACUUGAUAAUUAUCAUCACCAUCAUCAAGUGACUAGCAAACACUUUCCCUUUACGUUUCAAUAUCACACAUAUUCCUCAAAUCCACUUCAAUCUCAUUCUCUGACACAAACAUGAUAUCAUCAAACCUUCUUCUUCACUUACUUUUCCACCUGUUAUUCCUCAACUCACGCGCCACCCUUCCCGGCACGUGGGAACUUCUAGUCCCCAAUGCGGGCAUAGCCUCCAUGCACACCGCCGUCACCCGCUUCAACACCGUCGUCCUGUUAGACCGGACCCACAUCGGCCCGACCAAGAAACUGCUCCGGCCGGGCCACUGCCUGUCGGACCCUAACGAUCCGCUUCGUAAACAUGAUUGUUAUGCUCACUCCGCGGUUCUGGACCUAGCUACCGGAGAAUUGAGAUCGCUGAUGAUCCUCACCGACACUUGGUGCUCCUCUGGCCAGUUUUUACCGGACGGGACGCUUUUGCAAACCGGUGGUGACGGUGAUGGGGUUAAGAAGAUACGUAAGUUUACACCGUGCGAAGCAGCGGCGGUUUGUGACUGGGAAGAAUUGGAUGAGGUUCAAUUAGCACAUGGUAGAUGGUAUUCAACGAACCAGAUACUACCGGACGGAUCGGUGAUCAUCGUAGGUGGUCGGGCCGCAACUAGUGUUGAGUUCUUUCCGUCAAGACACGGCCGCGGCGCGGUGGAUUUCCCAUUUCUGGCCGAAGCCAAGGAUACCCAGAUGGACAAUCUUUACCCCUAUGUUCAUCUCCUUCCCAACGGUCACUUGUUCGUGUUCGCCAACAAUCGAGCGGUGUUAUAUGACUAUACAAACAACCUCGUUUUGAAACAGUACCCGAAACUGGAUGGCGGUCCGCGUAACUACCCGUCGGCCGGGUCGUCUGCGAUGCUCGCGCUAACGGGUGAUUACUCUGCGGCCACCAUUGUCAUUUGUGGUGGCGCGCAAUAUGGAGUGUUUAUUGAGCGUACCACAGACACACCGGCGCACGGUAGCUGCGGUCGAAUCGAGGCAACAAAACCCGACCCGAAUUGGGAAAUGGAGGACAUGCCUUUUGGUCGAAUUAUGGGCGAUAUGGUGAUGCUUCCAACUGGUGAAGUUUUGAUCAUAAACGGGGCGCAGGCGGGUAGUCAGGGGUUUGAAAUGGCGUCUCAACCGUGUUUAUAUCCGCUUUUGUAUCGACCGGAUGAGCCGGUGGGGCUUCGGUUCAUGACACUAAACCCCGGUUCGGUUCCAAGAAUGUAUCAUUCGACCGCAAAUUUGCUUCCGGACGGGCGAGUUUUAAUUGCGGGGAGCAACCCACACAUUUUCUACAAAUUUAACGCUGAAUUCCCGACGGAACUGCGAAUUGAAGCGUUUUCUCCCGAAUAUUUGUUGCCCGAGAAAGCGAAUAUCAGACCGGUAAUCGUUGACUUACCAGAGACAAUAAGUUACGCUAGCGGUUUCGAUGUAGUUGUGACCACCGAGCUUCCGGUGGUGGGGAUGGUCGAGGUUAAUCUCGCGAGUGCGCCUUUUGCGACACAUUCUUUCUCACAGGGGCAGCGGCUAGUGAAGUUAGCCGUGUCAAGUGCUGUUCCCGAUGGAAUGGGGUCGUAUCGGAUUGCGUGCACGGCGCCACUGGACGGCAGGGUUGCGCCGCCGGGGUACUAUAUGGUGUUUGCCGUAAAUACGGGCGUACCAAGUGUUGCAAAAUGGGUGAAGCUGCUUUAACGACGUCGUUGAUUUACAAAUGUAAAUAAAUAGGCUUGAGCUACUUCAAAAGUCAUAUGGCUCAAAUGAAAUUCAUGUAAUAAGUUACAUCAUUGUCCAAAAUAUAUUUUGAUCAGUUAAGUAUUUAAUUUGAGUAAA